GGGGGGGGGGCGCGGUCGGUGGUGGCUGCGGGAGCCGGGUGCGGGACAUGGCGCGGGGCCGCCGGGCGCUGCCGGCGCCGGGGCCGCGGCUGCUGCCGGUGCUGGGCGCGCUGCUGGGCGCCGCCGCCGCUUUCAACGUGGACCGCGCCUUCCCGGUGCUCAAGGAGGGCGCGACCCCCGGCGGCUUCUUCGGCUUCUCGGUAGCGCUGCACCGGCAGACGGAGCGGCCCGAGCGGAGCCUGCUGCUGGUGGGGGCCCCCCGAGACAUGGAGCCAGUGAACGGCACACGGACGGGUGCUGUCUACGCCUGUCCCCUUACCGCAUCCACCGGUGACUGCCAGCGCCUUGACAUUGAGCUGAAGAAUGAGCCGGAGAAGGCCAUCAUCGAUGACAUGUGGCUGGGGGUGACAGUGGCCAGCCAGCGGCAGCCGGCGGGGAGGGUGCUGGCCUGCGCUCACCGCUACACCAAAGUGCUGUGGUCGGGCAGCGAGGACCAGCGGCGCAUGGUGGGCAAGUGCUACGUGCGGGGCAAUGACCUGCGCCUCAACAUCAGCGACGAGUGGCAGACCUACCACAACGAGAUGUGCAACUCCAACACGGACACCGACGAGACCGGCAUGUGCCAGAUGGGCACCAGCGCCGGCUUCACCGCCAACAUCAUCUAUUUUGGAGCACCCGGUGCAUACAACUGGCAAGGUACUGACUACAUGCUGCAGCGGGAGAUGUGGGACCUGCAUGACUUCUCCUACCCCAACAAGAAGAACGGCAACACCUACAUAGGGUACACGGCAGAGGUGGGCAGCGCGGUGCUGCAGCAGGAUGCGGUGACGGUGGUGACGGGCGCUCCCCGGUACAAGCACAUGGGCGCUGUGUACCUGCUGAGCCGCAGUCCCCAGCAGACGCUGCAGAGGAGCCUCCUCCUCCCCGGGCACCAGGUCGGCUCCUACUUCGGCAGCGCCGUGGCCCUGGCAGACCUCAACAAUGACGGGUGGCAGGACCUGGUGGUGGGAGCUCCCUACUACUUCCAGCGGAAGCAGGAGGUGGGGGGAGCCGUGUACGUGUACAUGAACGAGGUGGGGGGGUUCCAGCCCCACCCCAACCUGGUCCUCACCGGCCCCAGCUACUCCGGUUUCGGCUUCGCCGUGGCCAGCAUCGGGGACAUCAACCAGGACGGCUUCCAGGAUAUCGCUGUGGGGGCCCCAUUCGAGGGGCCUGGCAAGGUUUACAUUUACCACAGCAGUGCAGAAGGGCUGCUGGAGAAACCUCGGCAGGUGAUCAGUGGGUCAGACCUGGGGCCCGCCAGCAUGCAGACCUUUGGGUACUCGCUGAGCGGGGGGCUGGACGUGGAUGGGAACUCCUACCCUGACCUGCUGGUGGGCAGCUUGGCCGAGAGGAUCGUGCUGCUCAGAGCUCGGCCCGUGAUCAACAUCCUCAACAAGACCUUCACGGUGACCCCCAGCAAGGUGGAUCCUGCCCAGUGCACACCGGAGUCAUGCAUCACGGUAACCGUCUGCUUCUCCUACAACCAGAGUGCUGGGGAUCCCCACUACAAGGAGAAGAUCACCCUGGAGUACACCCUGGAGGCUGACAAGGACCGGCACCCACCCAGGGUCAGGUUUUUGGGGACCCACUCUGCCACCUACCCCGGCCUCUUCACCAUGCCCGAGACCCGCUGUGAAUCCAAGGAGCUCCUGCUGCUGGACAACAUCCGAGACAAGCUGCACCCCAUCAUGCUCUCCAUGAACUACUCUCUGGUGGAGAAGCCCAGGACCUUCCAGCUGGGUCCCCUGUCCCUCGACACCUUCCCCGUCCUCAACCAGGACCAGUCCCACGAGAAUGAGACCAAGAUCGAGUUCCAGAAGGAGUGUGGCUCUGACAACAAGUGCUACAGCAACCUCCAGCUCCAGAGCAGCUUCGUCACUGACCAGAACCAGCCCCUGCCCAGGCUGAAUGGAACCCAGGUGCUGCAGUACAGCCGGGACGUGCGGAAGCUCCACCUGAGCAUCAACAUCACCAACGUGCCCACCAGCCCCGCCAACGGCGAGGACGCCCACGAGGCGCUGCUCAACGUCACGGUGCCCUCCAGCCUGCUGCCCUCCUCCGUGCGCCCGAGCGGAGCCUGUACCUUUGCAGAGACGGUGUUGUGCGAGCUGGGCAACCCUUUCAAGAGGAACCAGAGGGCAGAGCUGAUCAUCACCUUUGAGGCCAUUGGGAUCAUGCUGGAUACAUGGGAGAUCUUGGUCUGGCUGGAUCUGUCUACGCAGAGCACCCAGGAGGACCUGCAGCCUGUGCUGGCCAGGCUGCUCGUGGACUACAGCAUCCAGUCCUCACUGACCAUAUCCCCAUCGCACGUGCAGUCGCACUUCAGUGGGUCGGUGCUGGGCGAGUCAGCCAUGCGGGGGGAGCAGGACGUGGGCAGCCCCCUUGCCUUCGACUUCCAGGUGAGCACCAAGGGCGAGUCACUGGGUGCCCUGGGCACCAUCCUGCUGGGCUUCGAGUGGCCCUAUGAGAUCCCCAAUGGGAAAUGGCUCCUGUACCCCACUGAGAUCCUCGUCAACAGCAACGAGACCUGCCAGCCCCCGGGGGGGGUCAUCAACCCGCUGAACCUCACUCUCCUGCAGGACCAGGCUCCAUCCCGGCAGAGGCGGCAGCUGGAGGCCUUUGACGCAGUGGAGCCCCCCAUCACCCUGGCCACCGCCAAGAAAGCCAAGUCAGAGGUGUUGCUGAGCUGCUCCAAGGGCACAGCUCGCUGCGUGUGGUUCGAGUGCCCCCUGCUCCACACGCAGCACCCCACCACCUUCAGCAUCCGCGCCCGGGUGUGGAACAGCACCUUCAUUGAGGAGUACAGGGACUUUGACCGGGUGAAGGUGGACGGCACAGCGACGCUCUUCCUGCGGACCCACGUGCCCACCAUCAACAUGAGGAACCACACGGUGCGGUUCUCGGUGGACGUGGACUCAGAGCUGAUGGAGGAGCAGCCGGCUGAGAUCGCGCUGUGGCUGGUGCUGGUGGCAGUGGCGGCCGGGCUGCUGCUGCUGGGGCUCAUCAUCCUCCUGCUCUGGAAGUGUGACUUCUUCCAGCGGACCCGCUACUACCGGAUCAUGCCCAAGUACCACGCGGUGAGGAUCCGGCAGGAGCAGCGCUACCAGCCCGGCGGCCUCCUGCCCCGCCGGCGCAAGAAACACUGGGUGACCAAGUGGCAGGAGCCGGAGAAGUACUACUGACCCCCAGCCCCGUGCGAGGGGAGCACCAGGGCCGGUGUUUGACUUUGCACAAGUGCAUCUCUCCCUGCCCCAACCCACACCUCCUGCCUCGGACGCGGCUGCAUCCCGGCGCAGGCUUCCGCACGCUCCUGUCUGCUUCGCCGGUGUGCAGCUCAGCUCUUGCACACUCGUGCCUUGCACGCUUACGGGGAUGAGCCCCAAACGUGCCCCCUGUGUUCCCUGACGUGGCUGCUGCUGGUCUCACCGAGUGCCUUCCCCCCGCGCAGACACUCCUCCCGCUGUGCUCCGCACACAUUCUCACACGCCGGGGCACGCUCGGCCCCCCACCCUCUGCAUCCCUCUUCCCCCUGGCUGGGUGCCUCCGCUAAGGCUGCAUGUGCGGUUGGGGAUGGUGGGAGCUCGUUCCUUCCCCUCCCUCCUCCAGAGCAGUGCAGGGGGCUGAUUCUGCAUGUUUACCCCCCCUCUCCAGCCUGCAUCUGCUGCAGCUUUGCCUUGGCAGAGGGAGUGUGCAGAGCACAAGGCCGUGUCCCCAAACCCUGCAGCCUUAUCCCCCACAGGUCUGUCCUGCCCCGUGGAUGCUGCCCCGGGGGUUAAGUUGUUCUGUGUCUUGUCGGUUUUGGUGCAGUCGGUACUGGGAGCUGGGGGGGUCCUGGACCCUUCCCCUUUCCCCUUUUCCCACCAGGGCCCAAUAAAGCCUCACUCUGGGAUUUGUAA